CAGUGUUUUUAAAACAUUAAAACAAAAUUUCUUUGCUUCUGUUGGAUAGUCUAUAGAAUUCUAGUUUCAAAAACAGAUUUCUAAGAGUAAAGGUAAUGCAGGAAGAGUUUUAUUUAUCAAGUGACAAAAUAACAAUAUCUUCAAUUAUUUCCUUGUAAGAAUAGAGUAAAAAGAAAUGUGUUUGUUGGUCAUAUAUGCCCACUGACACACAGGUGUGUACAGCCUGUGUGCACACAGCCUUAAAAUGACUGAGUUACUCUAGAAAAGGACAGGAAGGCAAAAUAAAAAUAAGGCCAAAGGAAUGGGAUAAGUGAAAUAUAUGUAGAUAAUAUAUUCCUAGAGCUGUGUUUUUCACAUAUGAAUAACAGUUGCAACAUAACUAAUAAUGUAAUUGCUGAUGUUUGUGAGCUCACUGUGUGCCACGCAGUGUUUUAAGCACUUGCACUGUUAUUUUACUGUUAAUAAAUGGGUAUACUUGUGGGUGUAUUAAUAUGCCCAGAAUGUGUAUGCAAUAGUAUACAUAUUUUCACGUAAUUGUGAUUGAGUUUACGACCUCUGAUCUGUCAGUUUACCAUAAGUGUAGAGAAAAAACAAUGAGUUCUGUAGUUAUUUUUAAAGGUAGUUUAUUUUUCUCAUUUCUGAUAUUCUUAAUUCCCUUGAAAGGUUUAAUUGCUGCAUAAAACCAAGAAUCUUGAUCUUCAUGAUAUCUUUGUGGUUAGUUGCUGUAAAGCCAAUAUUUAGAUUUCUUUGAGGUCCUUGUUAGUGCUUGGUAUUACAGGUUGAAGAUCUUGUCAGGAAGGUGAAUAUAUAUGUGGCUCUUGGUCUUGUCCAUGUUGUGACAAAGGAAUUCCCCUUUGAAUCGCCUGCUCCCCUGAAGCCCCUGGAGCCUCUGGCUCAAGCAGCGCAGUCCGUCUGUGCAGUGUCUCUGACGUCAUCGGUGUAUGCAUAAGCCCUGCUAUUGUCUUACUGCUACGGCAGGGCUGGGGAUUGCAGUAGCCGCUGUUGCUGCUGUUUCCAGUCGUGCCUCUGCUGCUACCUAGUCCUGCCUCACUGCAUCCCAGAAGAGCCACGUUGGCUUGCCUUCCCCUAUUGGAUUUUCACAAGCAGCUCUUCGGGUUUUUGUGCUGUAGGAGACCUUGCUUUUCAAUCACACGGGAGAACACUGAAGCUUGUAAGAGGAGAAUCUGGCAGCUGGACACAGCUUGGACUGCAUUGUGUGUCUUCAUGACCCCUGCUGUGUAGUGGCUCAUCUUUUCACUCUCCCGCGUACACUCUCCUCGAUUUUAUUUCCUUCCCUUUUUUUUUUCUUUCUUCUGAUUUUUUUAAAGCAGCCUCUGGAGCCAGCCAUGUUUGGCACUGAAUCUUCAUUGAGCAUGUUUUUGAACACAUUAACACCGAAGUUCUACGUGGCCCUGACAGGCACUUCCUCACUAAUAUCAGGGCUCAUUUUGAUAUUUGAAUGGUGGUAUUUUCGCAAGUAUGGAACAUCAUUCAUUGAACAAGUGUCAGUAAGCCACUUGCGCCCCCUCCUGGGAGGGGUUGACAACAACUCCUCCAACAAUUCUAACUCCAGUAAUGGGGACUCAGAUUCCAACAGGCAAAGUGUCUCAGAAUGCAAAGUAUGGCGAAAUCCACUAAAUUUAUUUAGGGGCGCUGAAUAUAAUCGGUACACUUGGGUGACAGGACGAGAGCCUCUGACUUACUAUGACAUGAAUCUCUCUGCCCAGGACCACCAGACGUUCUUUACUUGUGACUCAGACCACCUGCGUCCUGCAGAUGCAAUAAUGCAGAAAGCCUGGAGAGAGAGAAACCCCCAAGCUAGGAUUUCUGCAGCUCAUGAAGCCUUAGAGAUAAAUGAAAUUAGGUCCAGAGUUGAAGUUCCCCUAAUUGCUUCCUCUACCAUCUGGGAGAUAAAAUUGUUACCAAAGUGUGCAACUGCUUAUAUUCUCUUGGCUGAAGAGGAAGCAACAACCAUUGCUGAAGCAGAAAAGCUGUUUAAGCAGGCCCUGAAGGCUGGAGAUGGCUGUUACCGGCGUUCUCAGCAGCUACAGCAUCACGGAUCCCAGUAUGAAGCCCAACAUAGACGAGAUACCAACGUCUUGGUCUACAUCAAAAGAAGGCUAGCAAUGUGUGCCAGAAGACUCGGGAGGACCAGGGAAGCAGUGAAAAUGAUGAGAGAUUUGAUGAAGGAGUUCCCCUUGCUGAGCAUGUUCAACAUCCAUGAAAACCUUCUAGAAGCACUUCUGGAACUACAAGCAUAUGCUGAUGUUCAGGCAGUCUUAGCAAAGUAUGAUGAUAUAAGCUUACCAAAGUCGGCAACAAUAUGCUAUACAGCUGCUUUGCUCAAAGCAAGAGCUGUCUCUGACAAAUUCUCUCCCGAGGCUGCAUCUCGGCGGGGGCUGAGCACAGCAGAGAUGAACGCAGUAGAGGCCAUUCAUAGAGCUGUGGAAUUCAACCCUCACGUGCCAAAAUACCUACUAGAAAUGAAAAGCUUAAUUCUACCCCCAGAACAUAUCCUGAAGCGAGGGGACAGUGAAGCAAUAGCAUAUGCGUUCUUUCAUCUGGCGCACUGGAAGAGGGUGGAAGGGGCUUUGAAUCUUUUGCAUUGUACGUGGGAAGGCACUUUUCGGAUGAUCCCUUAUCCCUUGGAAAAGGGACAUCUGUUUUAUCCUUACCCAAUCUGUACAGAAACAGCAGAUCGAGAGCUGCUUCCAUCUUUCCAUGAAGUCUCAGUUUACCCAAAGAAGGAGCUUCCCUUCUUCAUCCUCUUCACUGCCGGAUUGUGUUCCUUCACAGCCAUGCUGGCCCUCUUGACACAUCAGUUCCCGGAACUCAUGGGGGUCUUUGCAAAAGCUAUGAUUGACAUUUUCUGCUCGGCAGAGUUCAGGGACUGGAAUUGCAAGAGCAUUUUCAUGCGUGUUGAAGAUGAACUGGAAAUUCCACCGGCACCUCAAUCUCAACAUUUCCAAAACUGAACUCAUCACCCUCUUCCCCCACCACCAAAACCACCCCUCCUCCUGUAUUCCUGACCUCUGCCAUUGCCUCUGCCAUCCACCCAGUUACUCAAGCCAGAAGCGCAGCAGCCCUCCCAGGCUCCUCUCUCACUCUCCACACCCUACCUGUCUCAGCUCCCAGUCUGUCGGAUCUAACCUCCAAUGCUACUAGGCGUUCAGUAAAUGUAAUUCAUCCCUUCUUAGCCCCUUCUCUCCCCAUAGCAUCUCUCUCAGUUUAGGUCUUGUUAUUUCUUGCUUGGACUCCUCUGCCAGAGUCUUAACUGGUCUCCUUGCUUCCGGUUCCAUCCCCUGCCAGUCCUUCUCUCAUACUGACACAAGAAUGAUCUUUCUAAAUUGCAAGUCUGAGCAUGUCACUUCCCUGCUUGAAUUUCUCCAAAGGUUUCCCACCAACUUCAGAAUAAAGUCCCAGAUCUUUAGCAAGGCAUGCAAGGUCCUUUAUAGUCAUGCCUUGCUUGCCUCUUCGGCCUCAUCUCUCCCACCUCUUGCAUAGACAUUGCUCUUAGACCAUAGUGACUCACCACUCCCAGAUGCACAGGCUCUUGUACACCUCAGUGCCUUUGCACGUGCCUUUUGCUCUGCAUGGAAUGCCCUUCCCCAUCACCACCUUGGCUUGUCCACUCUACUAACUCCUCUUCACUCUUUUACACUCAGCUUUCUUUCUAAGUUUCUCCCAAGCUGAGUUAGAGGUCUUUCCUCCGUGAUCCCACAGUAUUCUAUGAAUACCUAUAUUAUCACACUUAUUGUACUAUAAUUGUUAAAAACAUGUCUGUCCCCCUUUUAGAAUGUGAGCUCCUUGAGAGCAGGACUGUGUCAUCCUCAUCUCUGUAUCCCCAAAGCUUUGCACAGUGCUUUGCACGUAGUAGGUUUUCAAUAAAUGAUUAUUAAAUAAAUAAA